UGCGUAAUAGUCAAGCGAAGGGAGAGCGAUGGGAAGAAAGAAAAAACCGUUUAUUGACAAGAAGGCUGCUUAUUCUUUCAAACUUGUUCACAGAAGUCAAAGAGACCCUCUGCAGGCCGAUGAAGAGAGCUCACGGCAUGUCUUAGUUUCAUCAGACCAGAAAGAAUUGGUACCUGUAUGUCAACCAUCAGAUGAGGCUCGACAGCGUAAAGAAGAACAAAGGAAAUGUGGUGUUUUCUUUGAAGAUGACUAUGACUAUCUACAACAUCUCAAGGAACGUGGUAGUGCUACUAAUCUGGUGCCUGUGGCAGAAUGCAAUAUUCCUGUGAAUUCAAAGGCACACUUGUUGAAUUUACCCAAAGAAGCUUUGCCAUCAGAACAUGAAGAAGAAGUUGGCCUCCUUAAUAAAGCAGCUCCUCUCUCAGGUCCCCAACUUGAUUGGGAUCCAGAUGUUGUGGCUGCAUUGGACUGUGAUGUUGUUGAUAGUAACUCUGAUGACUUACUAGAAGAUGACUUUGUUUUACAGGCUAAUGCAGAAGAGGGUGAUGUUGAUGUUUAUGAUGUUGAGAAAGAAGAAAAGCAAAGGCGUCUGGCAUUAUUUCUCGAAUCCAGUGACAGUAAAGUCUACAAAGCCGAUAUCAGUGAAUCAGAUGAAGAUACUGAUAGCAGUGAUGAUGAAUGUAAAACUGAUGUGGCAGAAGACUUUGGUAGCUUUGGAGACCAAAGUAUUGAUGGUGGAAAGUCACGAUUUACAGAGUAUUCUCUCACAUCUAGUGUGCUGAAGAGAAAUGAAGGCCUGUCAAUGUUGGAUGAAAGAUUUGAAGUGUUGAUGGAAGAAUAUGAUGAUGACGAGAUUGGAUCAUUGGAUGCUACUGAAGUCGAAGGCACUAGAACCACAGAGAAUGUAAUUGUAUCACAAGCGAUGGAUCAGUUCUUACAGCAGCAGCAAUGUCGAGAAAUCUUACAGGAAGCUGCUGGUGCAGUUGCAGGAUCUGUGGUUGGACAUAGAAACGUGUAUAGUUCUGACGAUGGGGCUAGUGAUGAUGAGAGGGUUAUUCAAGUUGAUAUUUGUAAUACAAAAGACAAAUGGGACUGUGAAUCAAUACUCAGUACGUACUCAUCUCUUUAUAAUCAUCCUACAAGAAUUGUGGAACCAACAAAGAAAACGCGAUUGAAAAAGAUCUGCAAUAAGGAUACAUUUACAAAGGUAAUAGUGAAUUCUUCUCCAGAUGAUGCUAAACAAGUAUCAGUUGACACAACAAAGCAGAAGGGAGAGAGUGCAGAAGAGCGUAAACAGAGAAAAACUGCUAUUAAGCAAGACAGAAAAGCUAAGCGCAUCAAUAAAAAAGACACAAGAAUGGCUUUCAAGGAAGAGCACAAGCAACAGCAACGGUGCACUAUUGGAAAUCAACACCAGCAAUGGUCCAUGAAAGUAGAGUAGGGUACAGUACUAUUUUGAUUUUGAUAAUGAAUGUUAAUUAUCAAUUUUUGACUUGCAUACCUCUUAAUUGGUACUAAAGCAUUAGUUACCAGGCACUCAAUACAAACUAUUAUUGUAUAGAACUCACAGCUUGGUAUAUUGUUGAAGCUGCAUCUAUGGGUAGACUUCUAUUCAAAACAAGUUUCAGUUUGAGGCA